UUAUUUCUACCCAGUCAAAAUUAUCACCACGAGCCGGCGUACGUGCAGAUAUUAUCCGGGAUAUUUUACUAGAUCUACAGAAACCUGUCUGAUAUUAUUCUGGGAUUUUGUUUGUUAUAUUUCAAACCUGGAUGUAAAGUGUCUGUGACGGAUGGCCCCAUCAAACUCUGAAGCCAGUCCAGCUGACAGAUGACAGACGUGUUGGACAUGACGGACAUGUCCGCUGUGACAGACGUCCUUGACGUCACGUCACAGGAGGCCGCGCAGCUGAUCAAGGUCAGCUCAUCGAUCAGCAAUGGUCAAUCGGACAUCGAUCAGCGCCAGCGGGUCCUGUCUGCUCACCACAUCAACCACACGCUCAAGGUGAAGGACAAGCUUUGUCCGCUGCUAAAAACACAGAAGCAAAUACUCUUUGACGUCAGUAGUAUCUUCAGGCCCGGCGUCAGUGCCAUCAUGGGACCUACAGGCUCAGGGAAGACCACGUUGCUGGACAUCCUGGCUGGCCGGACAACCCCUGACCGUGGGGCGACACUUCUGCUGGACGGUCAUGAUGUGCCCAGUAACUUCCGGUUUCUUGUUGGUUAUGUUGUCCAGGAUGACGUCAUCAUGGACACCCUGACUGUCCGAGAGAACCUCAACUUCUCCGCCUCCCUGCGGCUGCCCCCCUCCCUCAGCGCCCAGGCCAGGGCGGACAAGGUGACGUCAGUCAUCCGGGAACUUCACCUGGAGAAGUGCGCUGACCACAAGAUAGGCAACGAGCUGAUAAGGGGCGUGUCAGGGGGAGAGAAGAAACGAUGCAACAUUGGUAUGGAGCUCAUCAUCUCCCCUCCUGUGCUAUUUUUAGACGAGCCCACAUCCGGUCUGGACUCAAACACGGCUAGCAAUGUCCUCAUUUUACUCAAGAGGCUCGCGAGCAAAGGCCGGACCAUCAUCUUGUCCAUCCACCAGCCCCGCUACACGGCGUACGGCCUGUUUGACCACCUGCUGCUCUUGUCCCACGGUCACGUGGUCUACGACGGACCAACCGGCGACACGCUGGACUACUUCUCCUCUCUAGGCUACGUUUGUCCCGAGCACCAAAACCCAGCUGACUACUUCCUUGACGUCAUCAACUGUGACGUCAACACGAUCAAAACCAGCCCGCCCCACGUAUCAAACGGGGAUUCCCCAAACCACGAGUCUCAAAACCACACAUUCAGCCAGAGUUUUCUACUGGGAGCGUCAAGUGAUCCAAGUACAAACCACAACAAUACAAACAUGGAUCAGACUGGAGAUGCUAUGCCACUGGUGUAUAUAGAGGACCAGGAAGACCAACGACACAGGCGACAUCGUGAGCUGGUAGACGCCUACAUGGGAUCACAUCGCUACACAACGCUACAGAGGGACGUUAAAGAUAUUCUAUCUGAGUACCAAUCACAGAACGGGAUUCGCCACUGUGACGUGAACUAUCCAACAUCUUUCACACAUCAGGUCAGCGUGGUGGCGAGACGAUCUUUGAAAAAUCUCUGGAGGAAUCCACAGACGACCCUCAUUACGGUAACUUUAUCGAUACUUUUUGCUGCAAUGCUGGCCGUCUUGUACAAGAAUCUACCCCAGACAACAGGACUGGCGGCAUUUAAAGACAGGUCGGGCGUCAUUUUCUUCCUCAUAAUGAACCAUCUGUUUUUUAAUAUGUCGUCGGUGGAACUCUUCAUCAACGAGAGGAAGUUAUUUCUGCAGGAGACGGUCAGCGGCUACUACAGGGUGUCUGUAUACUUCCUGGUCAAAAUCUUCUUCGACAUCCUGCCACUGAGGCUGGUCCCAGAGAUACUCGUCUGUUGUAUCGUGUACUUCAGUGUAGGUUUGAACCCGGGCCCCGAGCAUUUCCUCAAGUUCUUCCUGUGUCUGCUGGAGACGCUCCUGGCUGCGGCGGGUCUGUGUUUCCUCAUCAGCGCCACGGUGCGCGUGUUUGCCGUGGCUCAACUCACGCUGGCCUUCUGCUACGUCCUCAUGAUACUACUGGGUGGGUUUCUAAUUAACCCCGACUCAAUUGACCCCUGGCUCAGCUGGGUACAGUAUUUCAGCCUCUUCAAGUAUGCUCAAAACGCUUUGUACAUCAACGAGUUCCAGGACAGGAUGUUCUGUACUAAUUUGACUCUCUGUAAAUCUGGCAAUGAAUAUCUACAAGAACAGAACAUAGCAUACGAGCAGCCGGGUGACAUGUGGUCCAACUAUGCGGCCCUGUUCGUCUAUGGGCUACUCCUUCAUCUCUUGACAUACGUACAGUUGCGGCGCUUGAAGAAAUCCUGACUUGCCACAUUGAACAUUUCCCCGCCAAAUUUAACACAACUGUGUUCCUAUUUAUUUUUAUUCAGAGUACUCAUUUGACCCCGCAGUAUUGGAUGUUUUGAAGCACAUGAAUACCAUUUGAUGUCUAAUUUAGCUGUAUCAGCUACUCCCAUUUCAUAUCUUGGUAUCAGGCGUCGUUCAUAUUUUAUUUCACCCCGGUGAAACCAAGAUUUGAAUUCUACAAGAGACCAGCGUAAUUUUUAUACUGUUUAAACUGUACAUGCAAUAGCUCAAUUCAAGUCUCAUUUUACCCAUGUGAUUUGCAUCAAUACGAGAGGUGUGAUUUAUAAAAAUCGAUGAAUUUAAUGUGAUUUUGUUC